GGCUCUUGACCGCUGCAAACGCGCUGUGUGGGAGGGAGAAUGACAGCGGCUCUGUGCCUCUUCUCUUCACCUUGUGCGGGAGGAUAUUUACACCGGAGAACCCAAACAACACCACACGUAUGAUGAGAAUGCUUUUUAUGCAAAGAAGGGUUGUGGUUACAUGGAGUAGCUAACAUGCCAAUAAGGGAGGAAAGACACAUCUAAUUGUUCGGGGAUCAUAUUUAUGACACUGUUAAAGAAGGCCUUUUCAGAUAUUCAAGGCCAAAAGAGGGACUAUGGGCUCAAAAGGAGUAGAGAGACGUAAACAGGCCACCCCUGGCCAGACUCCUGAGGGCAAUGUGGUGAUGAGCUUUAGUUUCGAGAGCUAUCAGCUGGAGGAAGAGGACUGUCAGGUGAAAGAAAUCUCAGAUAAAGGAGUGCUGGCCCUUUCAGAACCUGCGUUUGAAGAACCUAUUCCAGAUGACCGUUACCAUAGGAUCUAUUUUGCCAUGCUCCUGGCUGGAGUGGGCUUCCUGCUGCCUUACAAUAGCUUCAUUACAGAUGUUGACUACCUGCAUCAUAAAUUUGAAGGAACAUCCAUUGUGUUUGACAUGGGUUUAACAUAUAUACUUGUGGCCCUAGUGGCUGUGAUCCUAAACAAUGUCCUGGUGGAGAUGCUGAGCCUGCACACCAGGAUCACUGUGGGUUACCUCUUUGCACUUGGACCUCUGCUUUUUGUCACUAUUUUUGAUGUGUGGCUGGAGAGGUUCACCACAAAGCAGUCGUACGUCAUCAAUCUGAUGUCUAUGGGUACUGUGGCCUUUGGAUGUACAGUGCAGCAGUCCAGUUUCUAUGGAUACAUGGGGAUGCUUCCCAAGCGCUACACACAGGGCGUGAUGACCGGAGAGAGCACGGCAGGAGUGAUCAUUUCACUCAGCCGUAUCUUCACCAAACUACUGAUCAAAAAUGAGAGGAAGAACACCAUCAUCUUCUUCACCAUUUCCAUCUGUAUGGUGCUACUGUGUUUUAUCCUGCACAUAGUGGUGCGAAGGACACGCUUUGUCCAGUACUACACGGGUCUGGUGCGACAGGGCCUGUCCCACGCCAAAGACCACUCACACAACGGAACCCAGUACCAGGUCCACCAUGAUGUCAUUACAGAAGAAGUAAGAUUUGGUAAUGGCGCAGUGGGCUCUUCCCCAACUGAAGACGGCUGCACAGAUUUUGCUGGAGGAAACACUUACGUAAGGUUUGAUGUGCCCAAACCAAAGAUUAAACAGAGCUGGCCAGGCAUCAAAGGCAUGAUCCUGCAUCGUUAUGUGGUCGCCCGUGUGAUCUGGACCUACAUGCUGUCUAUUGCUGUCACUUACUUCAUCACGCUGUGUCUUUUUCCUGGACUGGAGUCGGAGAUCAGGAAUGUCACACUGGGGGAAUGGCUGCCCAUCCUGAUCAUGGCCAUCUUCAACAUAUCUGACUUUGUGGGCAAAAUCUUGGCAGCCGUGCCGUAUGAAUGGAACGGAACUCGUCUUCUCUUCUGCUCGUGUGUGCGAGUAGUUUUCAUCCCUCUGUUCAUCAUGUGUGUGUAUCCGGCUCAGAAGCCCACCUUCAGCCACCCGGCAUGGCCUUGCAUCUUCUCUCUCCUCAUGGGCGUCACUAAUGGCUAUUUUGGCAGUGUUCCCAUGAUUCAUGCUGCAGGCAAGGUGGCACCUGAGCAGAGGGAACUAGCAGGGAACAUAAUGACUGUGUCCUACAUGUCUGGACUGAUGUUGGGCUCUGUGGUUGCCUAUGCUGCCUACAGUUUUACUGCUUCAGGCUCCAGCCUCCACUCAGAGACUGGCUAUAACUUUACCCAGGGGUACUAGUACCUUAGUCCAAGCCAAAAAAACAUGUCUGUUCCUGUCAUCAGUCUCGUCAGGUGGCACCUUUGCCACUCUGUGUAGCAUCUCUGCAGUCCCCAUAAAUCAGACUUCUGCUGCAGGCUUCUUUGGGCACACCUGCAAUGCUGUGUGCCUGUGAAUGUAGUCAAAUGGAUGAAGAAACAAGCUUUGACACUGUAAAGAGUUAUAUAUGUGUGCUUAGUUGUGUUGCCUCUUCUUGUUCUCUGAGAGUGCUUUUUUCAUGUUGCCAAAAGUUUUUUGGCGCGUUACAGAUGCCAAACGUCAGCUGUGUGGUGAUAAAGCCGGAGUGAAUACAUUUGAUGUUUCUCCUGAUUUAAUGUCUGACUCCACAUUCUGUGGUGCUGUAUAUGGUAUGACAGACAAACAUGAACAUUUAUGAGUAUAUUCUGACAGGUCUGAAGAACUGUACUGAAUGAGGGUCAUUUAUGUCUGGAUGCAUGUAAAAGAGAUUUGCCGAAAAGAAAACCAUAAUCUUUUGAGUGCAAUAUGGAUACUGGACCUUUUUGCUAAAGCUAAAAGAAUGUAAACGUCUCAUGAAGUUAAUGCAAUGAAGUCAUCUUCAUUUAGGGUGUAACUAUUAGGCCUAUUUUAAAAAUGCUGUAAUAAAACCAGAAAUCCAUUUUCAAUUGGCAUGAUCCUUACAUGAUUACAAGAUUAGUUGUGAUAUUUAAUAAACCAGAUUGUAUCUUGC